AUGGCUUAUUCAAAUUUCCAACACUUCAUUACCCUCCUCCUCUUACUUUUCUUCAUUUCACCAACUUUCUCUCAGCAAUCUUUCAGACCUAAAGCCCUUGUUCUCCCUGUCAACAAAGAUAGCGCAAAAGCUCUCCAAUACACAGCUCAAAUCAACCAAAGAACCCCACUAGUCCCACUAAACCUCGUCGUCGAUCUCGGCGGCCAGUUCCUCUGGGUCGACUGUGAAAACAAAUACACUUCCUCCACAUACCGCCCCGCACGCUGCCGCUCCGCCCAAUGCUCCCUCGCCAAAGCAAACGGCUGCGGCGAUUGCUUCUCAUCACCUAAACCCGGCUGCAACAACAACACAUGCGGUCUACUUCCCGACAACACCGUCACCCACACCGCCACCAGCGGCGAACUCGCCGAAGACGUUUUAUCAAUCCAAUCCACCAACGGCUUCAACCCAGGACAAACCGUCUCCGUUUCACGCUUUCUAUUCUCAUGCGCACCAACUUUCUUACUUAAAGGACUCGCAGAUGGUGCUUCUGGUAUGGCUGGUCUCGGAAGAACCAAAAUCGCUUUACCAUCUCAACUAGCUUCUGCUUUUAGCUUUGAUAAAAAAUUUGCCAUUUGCGUUUCGUCUUCAAGCGGGGUCGUUAUAUUCGGGGAUGGUCCUUACGGUUUUCUCCCUAGUAUUGUAUUAGAUUCAAAAUCUCUCGCCUACACGCCGCUAUUAAUCAACCCGGUUAGCACAGCUUCGGCUUUCUCACAAGGAGAGGCUUCAGCUGAGUAUUUCAUCGGCGUGAAAACAAUAAAAAUAGAUGAAAAAGUGGUUCCAGUUAACACGAGUUUGUUAUCUAUAGACAGGAACGGUGUUGGUGGAACAAAGAUAAGUACGAUGGACCCUUACGCGGUUCUAGAAGCUUCUAUUUAUAAAGCGGUUACAGAUGCUUUUGUGAAAGCGUCUAUUGCAAGAAACAUAAAGAGGGUGGGCUCGUUUGCGCCUUUUGAAUUUUGUUUCAGUUCUGAUAGCGUGGGUGCGACGCGAUUGGGUGCGGCUGUUCCUACUAUUGAGCUGUUUUUGCAGAAUGAGAAUACUGUUUGGAGGAUAUUUGGUGCGAAUUCGAUGGUGAAUAUAAAUGAUGAUGUUUUGUGUCUUGGAUUUGUGAAAGGUGGAGAGAAUUUGAGGACUUCGAUUGUGCUUGGUGGGUAUCAGUUGGAGAAUAAUCUUGUGCAGUUUGAUUUGGCUGCCUCUAGAUUGGGUUUUAGCUCUUUGCUCUUUGGACGACAAACCGGAUGUUUUAACUUCAACUUUACCUCCAAUGCAUAG